GUGACCCAUUUCAUCGACGGCUUGAAUUAUUGAUAUGGUUUGAAUAGCUCGGCUCCGCAGAACCUGUAAGACAAGACACACGAUUGGCUCAGCUCUACAUGCUGUUAAAUAUAGGCCAAGCCGAACUACGCGUAUAGAUACAGGUAGCUGGGAGUGAAAACACUCACUGCGAUCAGGCCACAGUUGACAAAUACUGCCAGAGACGUGUACACCUAAUUGUGACCGCGGGACGGGCUGUCCGCUCCGGUGCGAUAGGGAAGGACAUGGGCUUGACGUAAGUCUGUAAGAGACCGUUACAAUCUGCUAAUCUGUAAGGAAUGGGACAGCACAGAAACGUUAUCGCAAUGGCUGGCUCAGAAAACAGCCUAAGGUGGCCGCUCGUGUUAUAGACUGAUCAGUGACAGUAGCAGGGCUUUCAGGCUCUCUGUUGAAAGCCUGCCUGUAUAAACACACAGGGAACGGCACGGCCAGCCAGUAUGGACGACUGGUUAACAAACACAGCCGGUGCUGUACCAGGGGACGGGGCGUUUGAACGCUUUCUGACAGCGGCCCUGGCUGCCAUUAUCACACUGGUAUUUUCCUGGAGACUACUCGGCGAAGUCAGCGAGUCCGAUCGAGAAGCAGCAGUACGACGGCACGCCGCGGCCCGGGCCAGCGGUCAAUACACCUCCAGUCAGCUAGGCAUCUCCGACGAAAAAUUAAGGGAGGUUGCCGAAGCCUUCGCCAAAGAUCGCGUUGAGAAAUUAAAGGCUGACUCGCAGAGCGCCGGCGAUGGCAGUUGUGUGGAUACAAAUGUACAUAAGGUCGACCCUGAAGAUCCUGUUGGGGCCACCGGUAGACCCCCGAAUGAACUGUCACAAGAACUUAGCGCUGAGGACAAACUGUUUCUUGAGGAUUUGCUAAAAUCCAGUCUUGACGCUGGCAGUUCCGGGGACAGCGCUCAAACACAAAGGUCUAAUUCACCGGCUGAAGGCGUUAGCGCAGGUAACGAAUUACCUGACCGGUAUCCCUCAGGUAAUGAAUGUGUUUCACAGGUGAACGAUACACAGUCUUCCCCAUGUCUCCGCAUGAGUGACUUACCACUGCAGGCCAGCUCAGACACCGUGACGGACUCUGUAGGCAUCGCAACAACAACAACACCAGAGGACAGUGACGAGGAAGAUGAUUUCCAGGACUAUUUUGACGAGAAUAUUAAUCCGCGAGUGCUCGAUUCUGAUGAGGAGACUUAUUACCGUACAUUUCUGGAGCCAAUUCAGGAGGAGUUGUCCGGGGAAGACCGGGGCUCUAGCAGCGAGGAGUGGGAGGAGUGCGGAGAGACCGUGUCCCCUGGGGACGGACAGGAGUUAUGGUGUGACACGCCCACGUCGCAGGGUUCCACUCAAAGUGCUCCAAAACAAUCUGAUCUAUUUGGCGAGGCAAGCUGUGAUGUAGGCGUGGAACAGGAAGUCCAAGUUCUGUGUGAUAAUUCAUUUAAAAUGCUAACUAAUGACGUCAAGGCAGUGUCGGCUUCUGACGUUGGUUUCAGUGAAUCUCGUGUGUUUGAUGCUUACCAAACGUCACCGGAUCGCAAACUGCCGGAAUCAUCCGCAGACGAUACGGAAAUCACCGACGACAGUGUCUCUGAAGAAAGUGACGACACUGUCAUCAUGGUAUUCUCAAAUAUCCGAAACGGUGAAGAGGACGGCAAUAAGCAGUCUCAGAAUGAAAUUGUUUAUUUGAACCAAGAACGCUACAGAGAUAUGUUUAUGACAGAGAAGUUCGAAGAAGUGGACAGUGAUGAUGAUGUGAUCAUUCCGCCAAGUAAACAUUACGAUCAAAUCAGAAAUAAUUUGACCUUAAUCGGUGAUGACGACGGUGAAAAUCUCAGGAGAGAUUACGAUGACUACGAGAGAGGAAGCUGGAGUGAUCCGGACGAUAACUUCCGUUGCUCUAUUCCAAGAUGGAACGGAUAUGGUGGAUUCGGCAUGGAAAACUUUGAAAAACAAAGCGACAGCGACGAACUGUUUUCCUAUCACGAUGAUUCAUUCACGUGGAAAUCUUUCCCUAAAAACGACCGAAAUGCGUUUAAACCCUACGAUGAUUUCGAUUUUAACCAAAACACUCCAAAAGGAUACGACGACGCUCCAUUUUCGAACGCCGCGGAGGAAUCACCUGUAGGCUUUACCUUUGUGGAGGUGAAGGAUUCUUUUACCGAAUUUUCUUUAAGGAAUUACGUUCGUGACAAAGAACAUUUUGAUCCUAAAUCCGAUUCAGGAAUAUUUACUGACAGUGAGGAGUUUACCGUGACCAAUAGUGUAGGGAAAUCCACAGAAAAUGAGAGUCAAACUGAGAAAGGGGAUGAAUUAAAUCGUCCUGUUCGUGCCGCCACAAGCAGCACGGAUCGUCAGCGAGUUAAUGAUACAGACUGUGGGCAUGCUUUGAAUGAUUCUGCCCUCGAUAUUGAUUUAUCUAAACCCAGUGGGGAUCAAUAUAAGUUUGAGGAGGCAAAAUAUGUUGUCGACAAAUCGCCCUCGGUGACAGAUAAUGAAGUUGAAUACCCAUCACUUGACAUGACAAGUAAAUAUGACAUUGUCACUCUAGAGGCGGAAACGCUCUUAACUUGCAAAAAUGAUGACGAAAUUACCAGUGCAAAAAUAUACGGCGAGUCUUUGCCCAGAACUGUGUCCGAUACGCCAUCAGAUCUUACGGAUGAACUCGAGAGCACUGCGCCUGGUCCAGAUAACGUUAUUGAUGCGGCGUUUUCAUUCCAGCAAGAAUCGUGUGUCGAUGAUAUCGCGAGGCCAGAAGACAGUCAGCAAACAUUGCCAAACUCUUGUCAACUCCGUAGCCUUGAGCAAACGGAGAUAACGUGCUGGUCGUCACAUACCGAGCUGUUACCCCAGAGCUGUGUAGACGUAGAAUCAGACCGUGGUUACAGUGGUAAAGGUGUAGACGCGGAAAGUGUUCCCGUGGACAGAUCCUCACAGAUAAAACUCGAGUACAAGGAGAUAGUGCGAUCAAAAUCUCCCGUGUCCUCCCAGGCUUAUUAUAACGAAAGACAACGUCGAAUUCAUGAUGAAGCUGUAUUGCUGGACCAGGUUAUCGCCCCUGACAGUGAACUCUCUAGUGAUCAUAAGUACAUAAAUACAUCGUGUCAGCAUGCUAACCCGGCAGCCGUGCGUCCGUAUUAUACCCGUAUUGAGCGAGAAUCCGGCGUUGAUCCGUUGCCAUGGGAGCAUUUUCCUAAUACGGAAAACACAUCGCCUAGAUUUGGAAGAAAACAGACAGAUAUCGACUGCAUUUCUGUAUCGACGGACGAGGCCGCAGAUAAUCGUGUAGAAGUACUUAGCGACAGAAGUGUUAAUGGGUAUGGGAUCGCAUUAGAUGGAAAGACAACGCCCAAAUCCAUCACUGCUCAGGCAGGUGUCGACAGCGUUAUGGAACCAGGUGACUCAACCUGUGAUACUAUCAAGGACAGUGGUCAGGAAAGCGAGAUAGAAGUACUGGAGCCAAGCGAACGAAAUAACAGGGACAGUAUUAUCCUAGAGGAGUCUCCAGUGAUAUGCAUGACUCCAAAAACGGGUGAUGAAAAUGUCUUCGAAAACACCACCCAAAAUCAAAGGUCUACUAGUGACUGGGACAAUGCAACUAUUCUCGAAAGCGGCAUAAAUGUAACUUUACCGUCAAGCCAUACACCAGAUUCAGGUCUGUCGACUACCAGUAACUCGCAGAGUACAGUUGUAUUAGAAACUGGCUCGAAAGAGACAUUGCCUACUAAUCAGUCGCCAACGUCACCGAAUAGCCCGCAUUCGAGAAAUGACGUUGAGAAUCCAGCGAUGUUAGAUCGUGGAAGUAGAUUUACUCUACCGCGACGCUACAACCCCGAAUCUCCUGCCAGUCCCGGCUCCCCGAGUAGUCUUGAUUCUAGAACGACGUUGGAUCGUGGGACCCGCGUUACGCUGCCCCGCCGUUACACUCCGUCAGCUGACUACAGGAAAUUGUUGAAGCCGACUACGCCUAGACGCUACACCUCAGUGCUACAAAGGCCUAUUUCUACCGAAAAACUUCAGAUGAACUACAGCCUGCCGGACAGGCCCGUUCCGAAAAUUAGAAAGAAAAUUCUGGCUUCUAGACAGCGGUUUUUGAGUGAGGACAAUCUGUGCUCUCCCAACGACAGCUUUGAAGACGCGUUUUCCGACUACAGCUCAGCCGAGCGGUUCCACCCUCAAGCACGUCGCUCCAUUUCGCCGACAUCACCGACAAACCGACAGUCAUAUAGCGUAGCCGAUAUCAGUCGACUGUAUGCCUCGACCAUGUCAAGUCCUCGAAAGCCCAGACCAUGCAUAGAUCAGUUACACGAGAACUGUAUAUUAUCUCCCGAACGAUUGGCAUUAUUGCGAAGUAGAGCGUUUUCCACCGAAAGCAUUGGCCCGCGUCGUGUCUCGCGACAACCGUCUGUGUCGUCCUUGGUUGAAACUGAUAUUGACACUGGUGAAACAUCAGAAACACCACAAUUUACUGAGACUGAUUUAGAUGUUCCUUUUCGAUUACAGACGCCGGUUGAGAAGACGGUUAGCAUGAUGGAUUUACGCUCGGGUCGAUCCCGAUUUGCUGCCAGAAAGAAGGCAGCCGAGGAGAAAAAGAAGUCCAAAAGCUUACAACAACUUGGGACUAACAUAGGUUCUUUAGAGACUGAUAUAGACGCUCCCUUCCCUGACGGGUCUGGUGUGACGAGAAUACCAUCUGAACACGAACUAAGAGUAACUAAGUCUCUGUCAAAACUCAACGUGCCCGACUGGCUCAGGCGUUCUACUGUGUUUAGAACAGGCAGCCAUUUUAUUUUGCGGAGGGACUCCAAUGCUUCAACAAUUUCACAAUGGUCGUCCAAGAGUUACGGGCCCUUGGCGACUACGAGAGACUCUUCUAGGGCUAGUUCUUGUGUGACACUAAGUCAACCAUCACCUGUUGUGAUCAGAACAAGGGUGCAGCCAUCUAGCCCAGGAAGGUUAAUAGGUUCUCCGUCAAUAGGUAGCUCCUCAAAAUCUAACUACGAAACUAGACAAGUAAAGUUACCUAGCGCCAAAUUCAGAGAGCGAGAGAAACCAAGUGGUCUCAUGCCAAUACCCAUUGUGCCUUUUGAACAACUUAGAGCUAAAUUUGAGAAAAACGGUAAUAACUAUUCUGUAGCCCAAGAGCGGAAAGAGCCAGAAACAAAAAUUAUAGUUGAACCUAUGAAAAAUCCCCCUCCCGGUAUUCUUAAGCAAUCUCAGCCAGGUCCUGUAGUCGUCAAUUCUUUGGAUAUGGAACCUGCGGUAAUAGAUAGAAAUAAGGUCAACCAGAGUCCCCCAAAUGUUCAAGCUCGACCCCUACCUCCCAAAAUUACCAUCACAUCUGAGAAAAAUAUUUCACCUAAGGACAAGACUAGCCCUAGUGCGUUCGAAAAAAGUGUUAGGUUUUCUCCCAUAUUGAACAGAAUGGACUUGUCGUCAGGUCCCGACGUGCUACCACCGUCACCAGAAGAGGACUAUUACCCUGCUAAUGGAGGAGCAGCUGGCAAAAAGCCAAUUCUUCCGCCGAAACCAGCCAAAAAACUACUGAAGUGGAAACCCUCUUCACCUGGUAAUGACGAAGUGCAACUGAAAUCGGAGAAAGUUGUAACGAAACCGGAGAAGCCGGAGAAACCGGAGAAACCGCAAAAGCCGGAGAAACCAGAGAAACCCACAUCGAAACCAUCAGCGAGCGAGAAGUCUAGCAGAAUUGCAAACCUCAUCAGGCGCUUCAAAGAAACUACGGUCUGAGUACCCCGCAUCCGUUGGUGACAGUGAUCGGCAGCACGUGAAGAAGGGGGGUGACGCCAUUUCCGGUCCUCUUCUCCUUCCCACCCAACCAAUGGAUAAUUUCGAAAAGAUUUCGUCCUCAGACAAUAUCCAUUGCUUCGAAACGUUGCAUGCAAGUCCAACUAACACGGUCUUACCUUCUAAACCAUUGUCAACGACAACAACAUUAUCUCAGACUAACCACUGCUCUAAUGUUAGCCUUGAUGAAGUGUUGGGUAGUUUGCUUGCACUGGGCUCGCCUAAAGUAGCAUCAACGCAUGGUGAAGGGAACUCUGUUUCAGCUUUAAACAGUUCAGUAGAGUCUGACUAAGCUUGCAUGAUAAAUCUUUCUACAGGACAGUCUGCAUGUUUUGUGAUAGAGCUGAUCGGAUGAUAUCUAUGUAUAUGUUCACCGCUAGAUCUGUCCAUGACUGUGUGCAUGGCAGUGUUAACCAUUCAAGCAUGAACGUGAACAUUCAUAUCAAAGCUGUGUGAAUGUUUAUCUAUGCAAGCCUUGGACAAACAAAAUAUUCCAGGAUGUUACGCCACAUGAUGUUGUUGUUGUUGUCGUUGAUACAUCAGCGUUGUAAUAUGCAAUGUUCUAGUGUGACAUGUUUGCGAGUGGUCGCAUGGAAGACGAGUUUAGGUGUAGUUUGUCGUUGCUUGCCAACAAAACUGGUGAUCCUGACAUCUACUUGUGCUUCCACGUUUUCCAGCUUAGUAUGCUUAAUGCGUAAAAGAUGACGCCAGUGUGAUGCCAUGUUUUUUGUCCUUACGGGGGUGUUUCGUCAUGUGAUUUGUAUUGCAUGAACAGAUCCUGGGCUAUAUACUUCACAGUGUUGGACAAAAGCCUGGUUGUUGACAAUUCGAAUUACCCGGACACAAAUGAAGUUUUAAGUGUCAGAACACAUGCUGUCUAUUUUUCCAUAUAGUGGUUACAAGAGGUUUAUUCUUGGAUUUUUGACCGGACGAAAAUGUUCGUUUUUUUGUGAGCUGAGCUCGAAGAAAGAACAAAGUUAAAAAUUAUUUACCUUGUGUGUGAAUACACGAUAUCAAAUUGUGCUUAUACAAAUGUUAAUUAUGGCCAUGGUGUUAAUUUGGUGUAGAUCUUUGUUUCUGACAUUGUUUCCCCCGUUUUGUUAUGAGGAAAAUGAAAAUAUAUCAUUUUUCCUUUAUACCCAGUCACGUGUGUUUACUCAAGAAUUGGGACAUUUAUUUGUCAAUAUUCUCAAGCAGAACUUCGUUUUGAACAUGAACUGUCUGAUCACUUAUUACCCCCCUUUUCUGGAAGCCGGAACCAUGUGAUAUUCGCAAUAGAUCGUUUCUUAUGUUUCAUUUAUACAUUUACAUCAUAACGGGGCUAGAGAUGCAAGACAAUAUCAUGAUAUCACCAGUAUGUUGUGUUUAUAUUUUCGUGUAGAUUUAUGGCAUGUUUACGGAAUUCUAUCCAAACACACAAACGAUUGAUUGUUAUUUGGUUUAAAAGUAAUAUAUUGCACAAUUUGUCCGUUUACUAUGUGUAUAAUGGGUAAACUCCCCGUUGUCAUAAUUCCUUUGUGUUCAAAUAAAUAUUACGUUGUCGAGUA